AUACACGUCAUCAGGAAAUAAAACUACCUGCGUCAACAUGAUCCGACAGGAUUCUCAGGGUGAAGUGCCAUUAUUUCAUGAGGACGAAAAUGCAUUUAGAGAGAAGAAAUCAAACAUCAAACAUCCUCUGGCCUGCUUCUUUCACCUCUUCUUCCGCACAAGUGCCAUCCUGAUUUACCUCUUUUGUGAGUUACUCAGCCGAAGUUUUAUUGCCAACAUGGUUACCAUCAUUUUACUCCUCUCAUGUGACUUCUGGACAGUAAAGAAUGUGACAGGACGGCUGCUGGUGGGCUUGAGAUGGUGGAAUCAGGUUGAUGAAGAAGGUCGCAGUCAUUGGAUGUUUGAAUCUAGACCGGAGAGCAGUAAGAAUGUGGUCUCGAACUCUGAGUCCCGGGUUUUCUGGUUUGGUCUGGUCUUGUGUCCCGUGUUUUGGGUUUUCUUUGUGUUCAGCUCUCUUUUCUCCUUCAACAUAAAGUGGCUGGCGGUUGUGAUCAUGGGAGUUGUGCUGCAGUGGGCUAACCUAUAUGGAUAUGUGCGCUGUAAAGUAGGUGGUGGAAAAAACCUGAAGAACAUGGCAACAAACUACUUGGGCAUUAAGCUCUUUAAUAAGGUACUAAACAAAACAGAAGAGCCCUAAAGUGAAUGACUGAUGUUUACUGAUUAAUACGUUUAUUUUCCUACUAACAUUUGUUCAAGUAAUUUGUCUUUUAGUAUCAUUUUUAUUUUGUAAAACAUUCUUUUCUCUUGUUUACACUUGAAUAGCUUUUCUUUUUGGUUAAAUUGAUCUAAAAUUGUGUUGAUUAUGUUAUUAUUCAUAAAAUAAAUCAUCUUUAUUUACAAA